ACGUUAUCAGAGUUUGGGAUAGCCCCUAAAAAAACAGAUGGCGGAGCUUCGCCUCCCCCAGACCCCCGAUGAUGAUCUGCAUAUCCUUGCCGAUCCAGAUCGAGAGAGAGUGGUUCCAGCGAGAGUAAUCCCCUCCCCAGUGUACGCCCAACCAACCCAGACCGUACGCGACGCCGACAAGUAUCAGCACCCCCAAAUCCCCGACGUUAUUCCGCCCGAUGUGAGGAGGAAAUUGCGGGAUUUGGUCAUGAAGUCUAAAGAUCCACGGAAGAGUCUGGAAAUCUUCCGAUCCAGGAAACCUACAAAUCUCUUUGAUUUUGGUAAGUCCAGUCCGAAUCCAUUUUUCUGCUCCACCUCCCCUGUUGUUUCGCCUCCCCAUUUUAUCGCCAUGGAUGAGAGUGUCUCUGCCCCGGUAGCAAUCCCGCAGACACCUAGAGUGAUCCAUGAAUCCUUCUCUGUUGCGGGAAGUAAUAAAACAACGAUCGCCGAUCCCACUGAUGCUGCCCCCGCUCACGCUACCCCGAUUCUGAGAUCCCCUGCUAGAGUGAACGCCUAUCCCCUGUCAAAUUUGAUGAAUCAGCCAGCCCCUCAAUCAAUUCACCCACCAAUCACGCGAUUCUUUGAAGGAAGUAACCACAGAAUCAAACGGGCAAGAGAGAGGGCUAUAAAACACGUCGAUGUGAUCAAGGACUACAGCCUUUCACCUUUACCUUCUGCCGCCCAUCAAAAAUCUCUCUGUGGUCUGUACCUGCUCCUCAUGGCAGAACAGAGCAACCUGGUUCCUACAAGUGCAAACCAGAAGGCCACUCCUCCUCCGCCUGGUGGCGAAGGCAGCACCAUUGCUGGGGAAGUUGAGGCUAUGCCCACCUAUCUCGGCAGGCGCUGUGGGAAAGAGAUGGUCCACGAGCUGGGUACUGAAGAAGAGAAAAAGGCCCUUGUGGUCAACAUGAAGAAGGCGCGGGGAGCUGCCCGCGGCAGAUUCCUUGCCGUGGGUGUCUUCCUCUCUGUUCUGCUCAUCACCUCCAAGAACCUCAUUGAGUCCAUGCGGAAAAAAUGGAGAAUCCGUGGCCACCUCGACACCAACCAACUCGCCGACAGAAGGUUCGUCCUCGAGUUCUCUGAAGAGGGUGACUUCAUCCAUGUCACCAAAGGAGGACCGUGGAGCUACAGGGACGAUGCGGUCCUCAUCGAAGAGCUCAAGGAAGGCGUCGAUCCGGAGACGGUACAGUUCACCACGAUUCCCAUCUGGGCCCAAUUCAAAAAUAUUCCCUUCUAUCUUUUGUCCAAAAAGCUUGCUAGGGAGAUGGGAAAUAAAAUUGGGAAACUAAUCUGUAUUGACAACCAUUCUCGUGGAGAUAUCUGUAACAAAUUCAUCAGGGCCCGUGUCCACCUCCCAAUUGACAAAGCCUUGCAGCGGUGGAUCCCCAUCGUUGACGAGGUCACGGAUGAUGAUGACGACGAGGUUGUCGACUCCGUCUUCUACGAGCGACUACCAAACUUCUGCCUCCUCUGCGGCAUCAUCGGGCACAAGGACACGAACUGCAACAUCUCCAGCAACAUGAGGAGGAAGAGAUACGGCCCUGAACUUGGAGUCAGGCCGAUCCACAAGGACGACCCCAGAUGCUGGUUCCUCCCUGAGACCACGGGCCAGGUUCGUCAACAACACACACCUGAGCUCCCGUGGCGCACCACCCAGCAGGCUCCAAGCAAGCCGGCUCCAGAGCACCACCAGGCCAUCGUCGCGCAUGUGGCCAAUGAGGUGGGCAAGCUCUCGGUCGAUGACCAGCCCACCUCGAACGCCGCACCACCCAAGACCGCCGACAACACUGACGACAACACCAACCUGCUGCCUGCCCCUCAUCAUGACCUGCAGCCUGUGAGCGCCCAAGCCUGCAUCACCAUAUCGCCGGCACCCGCUGAAACCCUUCAGCUGGUGGCAGCGACAACCGAGGGCGCUGCUGUCGAGGCCUCUCCAUCACCAAAGGGCAAAAACAAGUCUGCCGCAAGCUGGAAAAGGAUCCAGCGGAAAGGCGGCGAUGUGAAGGACCCCAAGACGCUGACAACUCAGGGCUGCUCCCUGGGGGCUCCGCGUGUUAGGCCCGAGGAAGAAGGUGAAGACCACCCCAGGCAGCCCUCGGCCAAGAGGAUUCUGAUGUCUGUGCCGUCCCUGGAACUAUGCCUGGGAAAGGAGAACCUAGCAAAGCUGAGAGAUGGUGAAGAUAUGGAUGCUCCUGAUCGUGGCAGCCAUGCUACUGGCCAGGAAGCUCAGGGAGGCAUGGAAGAUGACGUAAACAAGGAGGAAGAGGAGGCAACCAGCCUUGGGGCCGCUGGUACCCUGACAGGCGCGAAGGAGCGCGCCUGUCAGGAGCCAUGACGAUCCUUGGCUGGAACAGUCACGGGCUUGGCCAACUCGCGACUGUUCAGGAGCUACAGAGGCUAGUGCAUACUCACAAACCUAAGAUUCUCUUUAUAUCAGAAACUAGGCAGAAUAAAGCGUAUGUGGAAGGGCUUAGAUGGAGACUGGGUAUGAAAUAUGUAAUCACUUUUAAGGGAAAGGGGAAAGGUGGGGGUCUAGCUCUCUUCUGGGAUGAGAGUGUUCAAGUAGAGCUGUUUAAGUUAAGUGACCGUCACAUUGAUGUAACCAUCAAAAAUCUGCCUGAAGGAAAUAAAUGGAGAUGCACUUUCGUGUA